AUGCCUAAUGGUGACUCAAGUAAUGCACAGUCGACACGGCGGCGUCGUCCAAAGCUCUUUGCUCGUAAAGAGCCCAAAUCCAGCGAAUCCGAAAAGGAUAAAACUAAGGACAAAGGAUCGCGGAGCAAGGUGCUAGCAACCCGUCUAUAUAACGGCCUGAAAACCGGCCUGGACCUCCUCAUCGAAGUUUCGGAUGGGCUCCCUGUACCUAUCAAAGGACCACUAUCGCUACUGCGGUGCCUAAUCGACAAAGCAGAGGCUGUCCAAGCCAAUCGUGAAGCGCUCGAGCGCUUGGAAUCACACGUCAAGAGUCUUCAACAGAUACUUCAGAGUGCCGCCGAUGGACAGCAGUCAUCACCACUCAAUGAACGCCUCAAGUCGAUGCUGGAAGAUUUAUCCAGCUUUUGCUCAUUUGCCCACCCCCCAAGGGAAUUAACCUCUGCAUUCGACAGUCUGGGAGUCAAGGACCUCUCCACAAUCGAGGCGUUCACCAAAGUCGGCGACAUCGACCAACUCGUUCGUGAAAUCGACGCAAAGCUCAGCAACGCAAUGAUGAGGCUUCUGAUUGGGAUAGGCAUUUACGACAGUGCAAAGAUCUCUGAUAUCGACGUCAACAGCCGCCUCGAGCGCUACCAGGGACUUCAGAACCGCCUGGGCGCCUCGACCGCUACCGCUGCCACCUGGGACGGCUUAGAUCCCAAACAACCAGUUACCAAGUGUGCUGAGGGGACGCGGGGGUAUCUACUACGAAGGCUCUCGGAGCGAUCCAAAGAGUUUGGAGGAAGUCAUUGCGAGGUGAUCUUCCUCGCUGGGUCUGCCGGCUCUGGAAAAACCGCCAUCAUGCGCACAGCGUCCCAACACGCCCACGAACGAGGUAACCUUGCUGCAAGCUACUUCUUCUGGUCCACCUCCGAAGCUAGAAACAACACGGGUAAAUUGGUGGCCACCCUGGCCUACGGACUUGUCGUCAACGUUCCUUGCCUUCGGCCUUUCAUACUGGACGCUUUCGCGAAGGACGAAAUGGUGGUCCAUGGACGGAGUUUGCGAGUUCAGAUGCGCCAAUGCUUGUUGGAGCCCGUUCAAGAGGCUCUCCGCAGCGGUGUCUCAGAGGAGAUGAUCCGCGGGAAACAGAUCAACAUCGAUGGACUCGACGAAUGCAUCGGGGAGGACAACCAACGGGAGGUUGUAGAAAGCAUUCACGAAGUCCUCGUCAACACCGACGUACCAUUCCCCAUCCUCAUCACCAUCUCCAGCCGUCCCGAACCCGCAGCUCGGUUCGCACUAGAACACCUUUUCAAAGGACACCUCGAAGCCAUCAAUAUCAACGACGCAAAGUAUGAGACAGACGCCGAUAUCGAGAAAUACGUCAGGGCCGAAUUCGCUCAGAUUUGGGACAAGCACCCUAACAGGGCACAUCUGCCUGACGGCUGGCCACCUGCAUCGGAUAUCCGGAGAUUGGUGUCUGCGUCCUCCGGCCAAUUCAUCUACCCCUCCACAGCAUUGAAAUACAUCAGCGAACCCAGGGCGGACCCGGUGAAACGACUCGAAUUAGUCUUGAAAUGGGGAACUUCAACAACUGGCAAGACCAAGAACCCAUUCAAGACCCUCGACAACCUGUACACCGCCAUGCUUACCAAGGCACAGAAGGAGUACGAAGAGAACAGCGACGACGCCGACGUCCACCCGCAAGCGAUAGUCAAGUUGGUCCUCUGCGUCGUUCGUAUGCGGCCCCCCAUCUGGUCCAAGGUCGCAAGGGAGAAUUGGAGCCCCUCGCUGCAUAAAACGACGGUGGAAGCCUUUGAGCAUACUCUAGGCUUCCCACACGGUGGUCUCAGUAGAGCAUUCUAUGACCUAAACUCUCUCAUAGAUGUCAGGAUGAUGACGCUCUACCACAAGUCCCUUCUCGAUUUUCUGGGAGACCCGACGAGAUGCCCCCCAGAGCUGUUCGUUUCUUCUCAGGAAGUGACCAACUACCUGAUCAGAGGGCUAUCAUAG